AGAGGUUGUUCCGGAUCAUCUCUGUGCCCUACCCGACCUAACCCGGUACUGUCCUGGUUGGUAUUCGCUGGUCGUCCGAGUUCGAGGCCGUGAAGGCUCAGUUUAUACUUUUGAGUUUUCCCAACCCAGAAGAGCCGAGAAGCAUGGCCGUGGUGGAUGUCAACACCGUGUUUAAGGAGUUGGUGGUGUUCAGGGAUGUGGCUGUGGAGUUCUGUAAGGAGGAGUGGGAGUGCCUGGGCCCCACUCAGAGGUCGCUAUACAGAGACGUGAUGCUGGAGAACUACAGCAACUUUGUAUCCCUGGGACUUGCCAUUUCUAAGCCGUCAGUGAUUUCGCUGUUGGAGCAAGGCAAGGAACCCUGGCUAGCGGAGCAGGCAGGAUGGUACCCAGAUCUGCUGUCUGUAAAUGAAGCUAAGAAUUUGUCUCUAAAGAAUGGCAUCUUUGGAAAGGAAUCAUUAAAAUGGAAAAUAGUAGAAAGAGUGGGUACUUCUUGCCUUGAGGAAUCUUGUUUUGGAGAUGAUUGGAAAUGCAAGGGACCCCUUGAGACAAAGCCGGAAUCUACAGAGGAAUAUGUACAGGGAGGGACAGGCCCAUUGGAAAGGAUGUCAACCAAAUUCAUUCAGCCUGCACCCAUUGCUCCGAGUGAGGUGACUCAUUCUGAAAGGAAACACGCUGAGCAGGAAGCGGGUGAAACCAUCACUCCACAGGUACGGAUUCCUACCAGUGACAAACUUAACGAAAUGUACGAGAACGCCUUUAUCUAUUACACCGACGAGAUGAAGUGCCAGCAGGAUUUUGCUGGGGACAGAUGUGAUGAACUGAAGGGGUGCAGCAGAGGAUUUGCCUAUGACUUCCAGCUCACCCCGUAUCAGAUCAAUAAGAAGCCCUACCAGUGUGAGAUCUGUGGUAAGAUCUUUGAGAAGCAUGCUUACCUUGUUCAACACAACCGCUUUCACACGGGGGAGAAACCGUGCGAGUGUAAGGAGUGCGGGAAAGCCUUCACCAACUGCUCCCUGCUGGUCCAGCACCAGCGGGUCCACACGGACGAGAAGCCCUACGAGUGCAAGCACUGUGGGAAGGCAUUCCUCUACUUCUCCACAUUUUUCCAGCAUCAGAGAACCCACACCAACGAGAAGCCGUACGAAUGCCACAAAUGUCAGAAGGCCUUUAACAAGAGUGCCAACCUCACCAGACAUCAAAGGAUCCACAGCGGUGAGAAACCCUACGAGUGUAACUUAUGUGGAAAGACCUUCACUUGGGCUUCCAACCUGAACGAUCACCAAAAGAUUCACACCGGUGAAAAACCGUAUGAGUGUAACUACUGCGAAAAGGCCUUCCUGUGUCAUUCGGCGUUCAUGAAGCACUAUAGAACUCACACAAACGAGAAGCCCUAUGAGUGCCAGGAGUGUAUGAAGGCCUUCAGGCAGAAAGCCCAUCUCAUCCAACACCAGAGAGUUCACACUGGCGAAAAGCCUUACGAGUGUAAGGAAUGUGGGAAGGCCUUCGCGUGCCCUUCGUACUUUAACAGACACCAGAGGAUUCACACCGGAGAGAGGCCUUAUGAGUGUAAAGAAUGUGGGAAGGCUUUUAUUGAUUGUAAAACCCUCAUUCUGCACCAGAGGAUUCACACUGGUGAGAAACCCUUCCAGUGCCAGCAGUGCAGCAAGGCCUUCAGGCAGAGGUCCCACCUGACGCAACAUCAGAGAAUCCACACCGGUGAGAAGCCCUACGAGUGUAAGGAGUGUGGGCAGGCCUUCACUCGGCUCUUACAGGUAAAGAAGCACCAGAGAGUACACGCAGUGGGAGAGAUCCUGUGCAUUCGAGAUUAUGUCUAUAGCCUCUGUGAACGGCUUCUCCAGGAUAUGAUCCUUGAGGAAGGACGAGCCAGUUCUUGCAAUUCUAGAAUCAUGGCUGAUAGGAUGGUGAUGUUCAGAGAUGUGACCGUGGACUUUUCUCAGGAAGAGUGGGAGUGCCUGAGUGCCUACGAGAGGAAUCUGUACAAAGACGUGAUGCUGGAGAACUACAGCCACUUGGUGUCGCUGGCAGGAUGUUCCAUUUCUAAGCCAGACGUGAUCACGCUGUUGGAACAAGGCAAGGAGCCCUGGAUGAUUGUGAGGGCUGAGAAGAGAAGGUGGAGCCGAGAUCUGGAAUCCAGAUACGGCAGUAAAGUGUUAUUUCCAGAAAAGAAUACUUACGAAAUUAAUCUAUCUCCGUGGGAAAUAAUGGAAAGAAUUAAAAGGCACGGCCUCGAAGACUCCCUUUUUGGGAAAGACUUUGAAUGUAAAAUAUUUGAAGACCAAGAGAACUCUCAUAGGGUAUAUUUCAGACACGUGAUAAAAACCACCUCUGGAAAAAGACCUCCGUACAGAAGAGGCACAUCUGUUAGUCUCUAUCAGAAGAGUCCCAACGGAGAAAAGCCCUACGAAUGUGGGGAUUGUGGGAAGGCUUUCAGAGUCCGCCAACAACUUACUUUCCAUCAGAGAAUCCACACCGGCGAGAAGCCCUACGAAUGCAAGGACUGUGGCAAAGCCUUCCGACAGUGCGCCCACCUCAGUCGCCAUCAGAGGAUCCACGCCUCGGACAAACUCUACGAGUGUAAGAAGUGUGCAAAGAUCUUCCCGUGCAGCUUGGACCUCCGAGGGCAUCAGAGGUCUCACGUGGGCGAGAAGCCCUACGACUGCAAAGAGUGCGGGAAGGCCUUCCGAGUCCGGGGCCAGCUCACGCUCCACCAGAGGAUCCACACCGGCGAGAAGCCCUACGGGUGCACGGAGUGCGGGAAGAGCUUCCGGCAGGUGGCGCACCUCACUCGCCAUCAGAGGCUCAGCGGGGACAGCUCGCGCCACGCGUGUAAGGACUGCGGCCAGGCUUUCCUGUGCAGCACCGGCCUGCGGCUGCAUCACAAACUGCACACGGGAGAGAAACCCUACGGCUGCAAAGAGUGCGGCAAGGCGUUUCGGGUGCGGCAGCAGCUCACCCUGCACGAGAGGAUCCACACCGGCGAGAAGCCCUUCGACUGCACCGAGUGCGGGAAGAGCUUCAGCCGCGGCUACCACCUCACCCUUCACCAGAGGAUCCACACCGGGGAGAAGCCUUACGAGUGCAAGGAGUGUCGCAAGUUCUUCCGCCGGUACUCGGAGCUCAUUUCCCACCAAGGCGUUCACGUCGGAGAGAAACCCUAUGACUGCAAGGAGUGCGGGAAGGCUUUCAGGCUGUUCUCCCAGCUGACCCAGCACCAGAGCAUUCAUUUUGGAGAGAAGCCCUAUAAAUGUAUGGAAUGCGAGAAGACGUUCAGGCUCCUCUCGCAACUUACGCAGCAUCAGAGCAUCCACACGGGCGAGAAGCCCUACGACUGUAAGGAGUGCGGGAAAGCCUUUCGGCUCCACUCGUCCCUCAUCCAGCACCAGAGAAUCCACUCCGGCGAGAAACCGUACAAAUGCACGGAGUGUAAGAAGGCCUUCCGUCAACACUCGCACCUCACCUACCAUCAGCGGAUUCAUAAGAAUUCUUAA